GCUUUCUUUAUAAAGAAGAAGAGGAAUUCAAAAACAACUGAGAAAUCUCAGAUCAAUUCUCAAUUGCAAUGUCUCUCCGUGCCUUCAAAGAAAGCCUAAAACCCUGUCAGAACUCUUCUCUCCCGACGACCCAAGCACAGUCUUCGUCGUCAAUACUCUCCCAAAUCCCGUCACCCUCAGUCACUAGAAAGCCACCCAAAUCGUCUCUGGCUCAGCAGCUCCUCAGGCUCCAGGACCCUCCCCCUCGCCCCACACCGCCGCCGCCGAUAGAGAAGAAGCAAACCCAGGAGGAGGAGGAGGAAGAAGACGACGACCCAGAACCACUGCCAUGUUCUGGGACCAGUAAAGUUAGCAGCUUUCAGUUUGACAACACCGGACCCUAUGAACCCUUGCUCUUGUCCUCCCCGGCUCAACUUCCUGUUGUUCAGGUUCCUGCAUCCAUUAACUGCAGGUUGCUUCAACAUCAGAGAGAGGGAGUAAAGUUUUUAUACAAUUUAUACAAGAACAACCAUGGAGGGGUUCUUGGAGAUGAUAUGGGACUAGGCAAAACAAUUCAGACAAUUGCCUUCUUAGCUGCUGUGUUUGGGAAAGAUGGUGAUCACAUUGAUUCCUCAAUCUCGAAAAGAAGUGAAAUAGCCAAACGAAACCCUGUUCUCAUAGUUUGUCCCAGUUCAGUUAUUCACAAUUGGGAGAGCGAAUUCUCUAAGUGGUCUAACUUUAGUGUUGCUGUUUACCAUGGUGCAAAUCGUGAUUUGAUUUUUGAUAAACUGGAAGCUCGCAGAGUUGAGAUACUUAUCACAAGUUUUGACACAUACAGAAUUUGUGGCAGCCAGUUAUCAGAUGUUAAUUGGGAGAUUGUUGUUGUCGAUGAGGCACACCGGCUUAAGAAUGAAAAAUCAAAGCUCUAUCUAGCAUGUCUUGAAUUUAAAACCUUAAAACGAAUUGGUCUCACUGGCACUAUGAUGCAGAACAAAAUUAUGGAAUUGUUUAAUCUCUUUGACUGGGUUGCACCUGGAUCCUUAGGAACACGGGAGCAUUUUCGGGAGUUUUAUGAUGAACCUCUCAAACAUGGCCAAAGAUCAACUGCUCCGGAAAGACUUGUCCGCAUUGCUGAUGAGCGGAAACAGCAUUUAGUAACUGUUCUUAAUAAAUAUAUGUUGAGGAGGACUAAAGAGGAAACCAUUGGUCAUCUUAUGAUGGGGAAGGAAGAUAAUGUAGUCUUUUGUUCCAUGAGUGAAUUGCAAAAGCGGGUGUAUAGGCGAAUGUUACAGCUACCAGACAUCCAAUGCCUGAUAAAUAAGGACCUUCCAUGUAGUUGUGGAUCUCCUCUUACUCAAGUUGAGUGCUGCCAUCGGAUUGUACCAGAUGGAAAAAUUUGGCCAUACCUUCACAGGGAUAACCCUGAUGGUUGUGAUUCAUGCCCCUUUUGUAUCGUCCUUCCUUGCCUCGUCAAGCUCCAACAGAUAAGUAAUCACUUGGAGCUUAUCAAGCCUAAUCCAAAGGAUGACCCAGAAAAGCAAAAGAAAGAUGCAGAGUUUGCCUCUGCUGUGUUUGGCCCAGAUAUUGAUUUGGUGGGAGGCAACACUCAAAGCGAGAGUUUUAUGGGCUUGAGUGAUGUUAAAAAGUGUGGAAAAAUGCGUGCACUUGAAAAGUUCAUGUUCUCAUGGAUGGCACAGGGUGAUAAAGUCCUUUUGUUCAGUUACUCUGUCAGGAUGUUGGACAUACUGGAAAAAUUUCUUAUACGCAAAGGUUUUUGCUUCUCAAGACUUGAUGGUUCUACACCUACCAACUUGCGCCAGUCUCUUGUAGACAACUUUAAUUCAAGUCCAAGCAAACAGGUGUUCCUAAUAUCAACUCGAGCCGGUGGGCUUGGACUGAAUCUUGUCAGUGCAAAUCGCGUUGUCAUAUUUGAUCCAAGCUGGAACCCUGCCCAAGACUUGCAGGCCCAGGACAGGUCAUUUCGGUUUGGACAGAAACGGCAUGUUGUGGUUUUCCGACUUCUUUCUGCCGGUUCCCUUGAUGAACUUGUUUAUUCACGUCAGGUAUAUAAACAGCAGCUAUCAAACAUUGCUGUUUCUGGAAAAAUGGAGAACAGAUAUUUUGAAGGUGUCCAGGAUUGCAAAGAGUUUCAAGGAGAACUUUUUGGAAUUUGCAAUUUAUUUCGUGACCUUUCAGAUAAGGUUUUUACGAGCGAAAUAUUUGAGUUGCAUGGAAAGCAGGGACAAAAAGAUGGGGACUCUCAUAGUAGGGAACAAGGAUCGACUAAUUUUACUUGUGUAAAAGAAGUGGGUGUGACAUCUCCAUCCAUGUCUGAGACCACUGAUACUGAGAAGGCUUUAGUGAGUCAACCUGCGCUCAAAGAUGUGGGUGUUGUCUAUGCACAUCGUAAUGAAGACAUUGUAAAUAAUCGACCUGGAAUGCUAGGGGAGAUGGAAAUAGUUAGUGCUUGUACAGUCAGCCUCAAAGAGCCUUGCACUGGUGUUGCUUGGACAAAACGACGAGAGGAUACUGGUGGAAAGGAGAAUAUAUCUGUAUCCAUGGAUUGCAAAAGGAUUCAGUUUAGUCUCCUUGCCAAGUACAUGGAUAUGGGAGAGCUUGAAUUUAGCAAGUGGGUAGUAUCUGCUACUCCUCUGGAGAGGCAGAAAGUAAUUCACGACUUUAAGAAGAGAAACAAGAAGAAACUUAACCGAGUAGAUCCGUUAUAAUGUUGUGACUUGUGAGAUUUUGGUAGUGUCAUUAAAUAAUCCCAAAGUUGUAGUCUAAUUGUUGAAGCAUCAUCUUUUUAAGGUGUGUUAAUAUUAACAGCAGAAGUCAUUGUACAGUUCUGUAUAGAUUGCACAUUUUAUGUUGCUUCCUUGUUUCAGCUGGGAUUGGUGUUCUGAGUCUUGGUUGAUUUGCAUGCCAAAGGUUUGUACCAGAUGUACCAGACAAUAUGACCCUAUGUGCCAAGAUUGA